CCCUUUGUCUUCCUCUCUCACCUCACCGCCCAUUCUUCCCCUAUCCUAUCCAUCAUCAUGCACAACAUUGUCUUUCGAGGAUUCUUCCUCCUAUUUAUACGACUUCGACAACUGCCUUCAAUUUCAAACACAGUUUCCUGCACUACUUGCUUUUUUUCUAUAUAUUCGCCCAUAUAUAUAAACCCUAGUUGUUGAAGUUUUGGCGGCUCCAAUUUUUUUUCAUAUUUUCAACUCCGAUGGCUGACUUGGAUCACUCCCACUCCACUUCUGACGACAACUCUGUGGAUUCUAGAGAGGAAAGUAGUCAAGACUCUAAGCUUGAAUUUUCAGAAGAUGAGGAAACUCUAAUCACUAGGAUGUUUAAUCUGGUUGGUGAGAGGUGGUCUCUGAUUGCUGGGAGAAUCCCUGGAAGAUCAGCAGAGGAGAUUGAAAAGUACUGGACUUCAAGAUACUCGACAAGUGAAUGAAGUGCCAAAAACAAUGAAUGGUUCAAUGGUGUCUCUCUCUCUCUCUAUCAGAGCAGAAAAUUUUGGGGGUGUGGUUAACAAUGUUUGGGGUGUACUUAAUAUGCAUGGGUUGUUUUUUCCAGUUGCUUAAACAAGGAAGCUAAUGGGGUCUGCAAGUGCCCAUCUCUCUGUACAAUAGUUAUUGGUUUAGUGAUGUUUGGGUUUUCAGUUUUAACUUCUGUUUAUGUAAAUUUGGUUGGUUUAAGCUUGCUUAAUCUCUCAGAUUUUAUUAAUUUUAGAACUAAGUAUUGACUUAGUUGAGAUUAAAUAUUGUCAUUAUCAUGUGGAGGAAACUCAUGAUUCCUGCACACAUUCUGAAAAAAAUCCAACACAAUAUUCCCUGUUCCUCA